AUCAUAUAUUUCUUCAGUCAGGCUUUACGGAACCCUUGGUGCGCGAGUUAAACGAAGUCGCAAUUGCUGGUUUUUUUUACAAAACAUGAAUGGUAGAAAACUUAGUUUUAACCUGGCAACAUUUAGUGUCAGCCAUGGACGAUUUCGUGUCAAAAUAUUUUUGUUUGGUUUAUAGUAUUUCGCUUUGAAAUCAGCAUUAAAUGUUAUUCUCUUGGUAUAUUUUAUCCGCUAGAGUAGUCUAAUUUAUGAACCAGCUUUAUAAUUCAAAGAUAGCGAAAAUGUUAUUGUGAUGUGAUAUUCGGCGGCACUGCUGGUCUGUGGUGGCUGUAGUCAUGACUGAUUGCGCGCUGGUGACCAGUGUAAGCGAACACGAUGCCAGUAUGGACGUGGGGAGCGACAAGUCUCUCUUCGAGCCUACUGUUGAUAUGAUGGUGAAUGACUUCGACGACGAGCGCACGUUGGAGGAAGAGGAAGCGUUGGCGGCAGGGGAGCAACAAGAUCCUAAGGCGGAGUUGAAUAGUCUGCAACGUGAAGGGGACAUGCCUUUAGACGAGUUGCUGGCCUUGUACGGUUUAGACAAGAAUAUGGACAAGCCAGCACCCGAACCUAUACCUGAGCCCAUACCUGAAGAAGUAGAGAAGCCUGAGUCUGAACUGCAACAGUUGUACACAGAGACAACAAGCCCUGAGGCGACAAGAUGCUUACGUUCCGGCUCCCGGCCACCCUCGGAAGAAGAAGAAGACUAUGACUACAGCCCGGAUGAAGAUGAUUGGAAGAAAACUAUAAUGGUUGGCAGUGACUACCAAGCAGGUAUUCCUGAGGGUUUGUGUAGCUAUGAUGAUGCUCUUCCCUAUGAAAAUGAGGAUAAAUUGCUCUGGAACCCUACUGUCCUAGAGGAAAAUGUUAUUGAAGAUUAUAUGAAGAAGAUUAAUGCAUUAAAUUGUGGCAGUGGAGUUGAAGCAGUGCCUAGAGGGAAGCAGCUGCGUGAUGAUGAAGAGGCCUUGUUCUUGUUGCAGCAGUGUGGCCACAAUGUGGAAGAGGCUCUCCGGCGACGGCGCAUCUCUGCCCAAACCCCGGCACAUGCCAGCUUGUGGUCUGAAGAAGAAUGCCGUAAUUUUGAAAAUGGCCUCAAAGCACACGGUAAAGAUUUUCACCUGAUAAGGCAAAACAAAGUAAGGACUCGGUCUGUUGGUGAACUGGUACAAUUCUAUUACAUAUGGAAGAAGACAGAGCGACAUGAUAUAUUUGCUAACAAAGCUAGGUUAGAGAAAAAAAAGUAUACUCUUCAUCCAGGACAUACAGAUUAUAUGGACAGGUUCUUAGAGGAGCAAGAGGCUACAGGAGGAACAGGUACCGUGCGCCCAGCAUCCCCAUCCCCAAUGAUGGUUUAUGCUCCAUCUUCUGAUACCCAGCCUGACCCGCUGGCUUUAGGAGAAAAAGAAGUUUUCUCACAGUUGAACCACUCUGCUCCUCCGAGGACCAUGUCUACAGAAGAACAGGAACCAGACCAUGGCUCCUAAUAUUUGUAUGUAUUGCAAGGCCACACUAUUUCUUUGCUUGUAGCAUGCUGAAUGCUAGUCUGAUUUAUUCAAUCAAAUUAGCAUAGUAAGCAUUUGUAGAGAAACUUAAUACUAAAUGUGACUUACUGGGUUAGACAUGGUUGGUUCCCAAGACAUUGACUGAACUAACUUUAUUCAAAACAUUAAAUGGAUAGUUUAUCUUUUUACAAGAAGCGAUUAUGUGGGUCUUAAAGGUGCAUUUUCAGUGUUUUUUAAAUGUUUUAUGAAGUCUAUAUUCUCUAUCACUAUAACUUUGUAGACAAAAGAAUAUUUUAGUCUCAAUCUUAUACUUAAUCAAUAAAUAUUAGGGACAAUCUUACACACACCAACCUAGCCUCAAAGUAAGCAAAGCUUGUACAAUGGGUACUAUGUGAUGAUAUACACACAUACAUUUGUAUAGAUAAAUACAUACAUAGAAUACACCCAGAACUCAGGAACAAAUAUCUGUGUUCAUCACACAAAUAAAUGCCCUUACCGGGAUUCGAACCUGGGACCAUCAACUUCAUAGGCAGGGUCAUUACCCACUAGGCCAGACCGGUCAUCAAAAUACUUUAUUGCUGCUAAAAUUUUUAUAGCACUACACUUGUAGCUGAUCCCAGCGUUUUCUCGCUUUGUAGAGGAAACUGAAUACAAACAGACAACCCACCAGGCGGGGUAGCAAUAAAUACAUACUUUUGAAUACUUGUCAA